AUGACUCCCAGGCCUCUAUUCUUUCUGAUCAGGCCUGGCCUGGAGCAAAUCACUCCCAACGGCCAGGUCCUCGUCCGUCCCGGAACAGCUGUUCCUCUCAUCCCCGCCGACAUGCUCCCCGAAUGGCUAGAAGUCAUCGGAGUCCCCCGGUAUCUGCCCCAAGAGCAGACAGAGGACAUGAUCAACCUGGGACCCUUUCACGCCGAGGCCGGGACUUACCAGCUUAAGUUUGCCUCUAUCUCAGAUGACAGCGAAAAGGAGCAGCUGUGCUCCGACGAUGAUGCCUCGACCGCUUGCCCUUCCAAGACCGAACCCAGCUCUUCUCCGCCGCCUUCUGAAGCCGGCGAGCUUGGGGACAAUGCAAAGCCUACACUGGCCUUGCCGGCUCCAAAGAAGCUCAAACCCGCGCAGGGCCUCGCCUCGAGCCGGCACAACCCCCUCAACAACAGCCAGGGGCUAGAGCACACAACGACUACGUCGCCGACUCCAGUUCUGACAUCCCCGUGCCGACACUGGUGCCGCUACGGGGCGUGCAGAUGGGGGCUCUCAUGCCGAUUUAAACACGCCAUGCCGACGACACCCGAGGGUCUCGCAGAGGUUGGACUCGAGACGUUCCCGGAUUGGUGGCUCCAAGCACGGGGUGUCAUGCCAAUGCCGCCAGAGGUGAUUCGUGCCGCAGAAACGCGCAAGUCGGUCAAGAAGAGGAAGCAGAAGGCGGUGUCUCAACGCCAGGUCAACGAUGGUGGACAACAGGGACAGAAGAUUAUGAAUCGGCCAGCGGUGGAUGCCAACGUUACGGUGGUUAGAGAGAUCAAGGAAGGACAGAAAGUGGAAGCAGCGGAAGGGAUGCUAAUUGAGAUCUAA